AUGAAUGGCAUCUCCAAGUCCCCCAUCCCGGGUGCUCUCCCACGCUCUACCCGCCCACCCCUCCGGGGUCCGACUGCUCACGAGGAAAGGGGCUCCGGGGACCCCUGCCACCGGAGGUCCACAAGAGGGGAGCCGCGCCGCCCCAGGAAGGGGCGCCGUGGGUGGGUGCUACGGAGAAGUUUGGAUCGAUUCCGAAAAAAGGGAGACAGACAUGAAAGAGCAAGAAUAGGGGGGGAAAAGAGAGGCAAAGGAGCAGAACUCACUCAGGCAUGGGCGCUGGGGGCGGCGGUGGCUGUCGAGUGCGGGCCCGCGACCAGGAACAGCUCCCCGGGCGGGCGCGCCGGCGUCGGACUUCCGAGGCGGCGGCUUCUGCCUCUGGUGCCGCCGCCGCCGGAGCUGCGGCUGCCGCGGAAGGGCCGGCGGGAGCUGCUCUCCGCUCGGCGGUCGCCGCGCCCGCAGUCUGGAGGCGCACCGGAGCGGCCGGGGCGCCCCCCGCGGGAGCCCAGAGCCCCCCGGAGCGCGCAUCCAGCCGCGGCUCCUUCGGCCGGGCACGCCGCGCCCGGGGGCUCCGCGGACCCCGCGUCGCCGCCGCUCCCGAGCUUGUGCGACGCGGGCUGGUCGGCGGGGCGGCGAGGGCCCGGCCCGCCUCCCCAGCGCCCGCCCCGGCUUCUCCCCCUGGCGGUGGAGCCUCAGCGGCCGCCGGCUACACUGAGCGCGCCGGAGCCCGAGCCGAGCCGAGCCCGAGCCGCCGCCGCCGCCGCCGCCGCCACUGCCGCGCGCCGCUCCCAGGCUCCCUCCCAGCGCGCCGGCCGGGGUGUGGGGGGCGGCGGGCCGGAGGGACGAGGGCGGGCGAGAGGCGCGCGCUGGGAUUGGCGCCGAAGACCGGACCCUCAGCCGCUAGGGGACAUUGCACGUGUCUGCUCUUGUAAGACUUUGGCUGCAGAACCCAAGUGUGAACCCUGCUCGGGGUCUGGAGAAGAUCAAAGGGGAGCCUGCAUGUGAGAUCUCUUUGGAAACCCUGAGGCACUCUGUGAAUGAAAAGGGUAAAUUUUUUCUCUCUUCCCUUGUACCAUAAACGCCAUGAGAAUGUUUGACAGGGCCUGUUAUGUUGGUCUGUAAAAAUUUUUGAAGUAUAUAUAUAAAAAAAUCACACUGUAAACCUUAAAUAUUUACAAUUUUUAUUUGCCAAUUAAACAUCAGUAAAGAGGACUAAGUUUUUUUUUUUAAUUUUUUUAACAUUUAUUUAUU